AUGACGCUCACCGCCCUAUGGCUUCUCGCGGUGGUGCUUCUUCCCGCAGUCCACGGCGCGUACCUCGAGCGGCUCACGCUACGUCCUCUCCCGGCCAUCAAUCAGGUUCUCGCCCGUCUCGAGUUCGCCAUCAACAGCUCUUCGCCAGCUGCCGAUGGCGCGUCGCUCGUGCCCACCGUCCUGCGUCAGAUCCUCGAGCGCUACGACGUCGAGUCUCUGCAUCUGUCGUUCUCUGUCGGGCGGUAUGCGGACUGGCGCUAUGGGCCCCUACAGCGCAUGAACGACAGCUCUCCCGUUGGCCACGUCCCGUUCGGUACGCGGCUGCAGGUGACGCUACGGGGCACUGCCACUCCUAUGCAGCGCUGGAAAGGAGUCACGUCGCAGAUGGGCGGCAUCUUCUCGGCGUCGCUGAACCAGAUGGACGAGACGGUCGUGACACAACUGCUGCCGUCGUCCAGUGCACACGAACUCGGCGCCACGAUCACGACGGACGCAGCCCACACGUUUCUGCACGGCGCGCUCGCUCGUGAAGAGCUUUGCACGGAGAACUUGACGCCCUGGCUCAAGAUGCUGCCGUGUCGAGGGAUCGCUGGACUCGGAUCUCUCAUUGAUCCCAUCAACGUCUUGUCGGGGGAGUACCUGUCGCUGUCACUGUUGGCGACGAGAUCGCUGGACGGCACGUGGGCCCUUCGACAGCACCUCACUGCCGUGCUAAGUCCGAGCUCGCACAACAGCGAGCACUGGAGUCUCGGGUCGUUGUUCUUUGCAGCGGAGCACGUUGGCGAUGAGGUGCGUGCAUGUCCGCUUGCCGACCAGAGCUUGAUUGUAACGGAAGACAAGAGCGACAGAGGAAAGUCGUCGUGUGGUAUUGACACGGUCGAUCUUCGCGAAAAGCCCGUGUCGCUUUCCAGUCCAUGGUUUAUAGACUGGAACACUGCGGUGCAGGAAGCCUCUUUGCAAGACAGCUUCAAGUUGCAACAGGAUGCCGUGUCUGUACAUCGCUUUGUCACCGGGUACGGCCAGGUGCACGGUGGCAUCGCAGUGCAGCUCAAGAAUAACCACCAGUCGUGCGGGAUGCUUGUGACGUACCGCGAUGUUAUACCAUGGUACCUUCGUCUCUACUUCCACACCUUUCGGGCAAGUGUCGGUGGUAGUGAGCCGAAGGCACGGGAGCUGAUUCGAGCGUUUGACUUCGUGCCGGCCGAGUUGUUUGCUCAGCCCAACCAGUUGCGUCUUGAAGCUUUUCUGCCGGCGAACACGACGCUGGUGUUUUCACUUCGGAUGGAGAAAGCAUUCUUGCAUCUAUCAGAGCAUCCACCCGACGCCAAUCGAGGGUUCGACAUUGCCCCCGGCGUGGUAAUCUUCAACAGGUCGGGCAACGACUCGGUCUGUGGCAAGGAUGUCGGAGUCCCAUUCUUCACCACCACCACCUUGUUCACCGAGCCCUUGCUCGUGUCGUUGCCAACGCCUGACUUCAGCAUGCCGUACAACGUGAUUGCAAUGACAUCGACUGUCGUCGCUUUCUUCGUGGGUACGAUGCUGAACACACUGUUGCGGAAGGCACCGCGGCUGCAGCGAAUGAUGACAAAGUAG